AUGCCGAGCACCUCGGACGCGGCGGCCGGCGGGAGCGGGGGCAGCCGGGGCUGGGGCAGCGGCGGUGGCGGCAGCACGGCGGUGGAGGCGGCGGCCGACAAGAAGCGGCUGCACCACCGGAGACGGAAGCGCUUCGCGGCCCAGCCGCAGCCGCCGCCGCCGGCCCCGCACCCGCUGCUGUUCCCGUUGCUGCAGCCGCCGCUUCUGCAGCCCCCGCUGCUGCAGCCGCCGCUGCCGCCGCAGUCCCUGCUCUUCCUGGCGGCCACCGGCGCCUCCUCCUGUUGCGGGGACGGCGGGGAGCGGAAGCGGCCGCGAGGCAAGCGGCGCUCGGGCUCCCGGCACAAGCGGCGGCGGGGCCGCGGCGGCGGCGGCGGGGGCACCCAGGAGGCGGAGAAGCGGCGCGGUAGCGGCGGGUUGAGCACGCUGGUGGAGGAGUACGACGACGUGAGCUCCCAGUCCGAGGGACUGUUGGGCGGCGGCGCGGCCGGCGGGGGCAGCGGCGGGGGCAGCCCGGCCUCCUCCUCGGGCGGUGGGACCCAGCGGCAGCGGGGCGAGGCGGAGCGAAGCGGCCGGUCCCGUCGGGAGCACCGCGGCAGCAGCGGACGCUCCAAGGAGCGGCACCGAGAGCAUCGCCGGCGGGGAGAGGAAAAGACGCAGCAGGAGGGGACGGCGGCACCGGGCCGCGGGGCGUCCGAGCCCUCCUCGUCCUCCAAAUCCCGCAGCCGCCACAACCACACCGGGAGCCAAGACCGGGAGGGACUCAAGAGCAGCAGCGGCGGUGGCAGCGACAGCCGUAGAAAGGGCUCCCUCCCCUCGCCCAGCAGCAGCAGGAAAGACCGGGAGAGCAAAUCGCACCGGAGCCGGACUAAAGCGGCUAAAGAGCCUCCGUCGGCCUACAAGGACCCUCCGAAAGCUUACCGGGACGACAAGCUCGAGCCCAAGGCGUACCGGCGGCAGCGCUCCUCGCCCAGCCCCGGCCGGGAUGACAGCCCUCCUCUGCACCGCUCCUCGCAGAGCCAGCGCAGCCGCAAGUCGCUCAGCCCGGUGGGCGCCCGCUCGCCGCUCAGCCCCUACAGCCGACGCCGGUCCCCCAGCUACAGCCGGCACAGCUCGUACGAGCGCGGCGGGGAUGUGUCGCCCAGCCCCUACAGCAGCUGGCGCCGGUCGCGAAGCCCCUACAGCCCCGUUAUCCGGAGAUCAGCAAAAUCUCGAAGCAGAAGUCCAUAUUCAUCAAGGCACUCCAGGUCUCGUAGCAGACACAGAUUGUCUAGAUCCAGAAGUCGUCAUUCGAGUAUUUCUCCUAGCACAUUGACUUUGAAGAGUAGCCUGGCUGCUGAGCUGAACAAAAACAAAAAAGCAAGAGCUGCUGAGGCAGCCAAAGCUAGUGCAAAAGCUUCCAAUACUUCAACACCUACUAAGGGAAACACUGAUGCUGCUGCAAGUGCACCUCAAGUGAACAAUGUUAAAGACCUGAAGAAAAUCAAAACCGAGCAUACGCCUUCUCCUACCAGUAGUGCAAAUGUGAAAAAUGACAAGGCAAAAGCAAAGGUCUCACUUCCUGAAACAAAAGCAGAAAAUAAUUUAAUUGCAGACAAAAUUACCAAACAGAAGCCUGCAGCAGUAAAAGAGAAUAAAUUGCCUGUUGUGAAGCAGCAAGCGGUCCCUGUAAAAGAGAAAAGCAAACCAAGUACACCAAGUGUAGUAGCCAAGGAGAAGGAUCGAAUUGUUGCACUACCAACCUCCACACUACCACCCUUGCCUUUGCCUCCCACGCUGCCUGAAGAUAAAGAAACGGAUAGUUUGAGAGAAAAUCUUUCAGUGAAGUCAGUGAAAGAAACAGAGAAGAAACUUCGCCAUCUGCUUGCAGACUUGCCACUUCCACCUGAGCUGCCUGGAGGAGCUGAGGUACCCAAAAGUCCUGAAGAAAAGAAACCAGCAGUUCAGUUACAUAGCAAGAGAAGACCAAAAAUAUGUGGACCACGACAUGGUGAAACGAAAGAAAAAGAAAUAGACUGGGGAAAGCGCUGUGUGGAUAAAUUUGAUAUCAUCGGUAUUAUUGGUGAAGGCACUUAUGGGCAAGUUUACAAAGCCAAAGAUAAGGAUACAGGGGAAAUGGUAGCACUGAAGAAAGUACGACUGGAUAAUGAAAAGGAAGGGUUUCCAAUUACAGCUAUUCGAGAGAUUAAGAUUCUUCGACAGCUUAAUCAUCAAAGCAUUAUCAACAUGAAGGAAAUAGUGACAGAUAAAGAAGAUGCUUUAGACUUCAAGAAAGACAAAGGUGCAUUUUACCUGGUAUUUGAAUAUAUGGACCAUGACUUGAUGGGACUGCUGGAAUCUGGUUUGGUUCAUUUUAAUGAAAAUCAUAUUAAAUCUUUUAUGAGACAGCUGAUGGAGGGCUUGGCCUAUUGCCACAAGAAGAACUUUUUGCACAGAGAUAUCAAAUGUUCAAAUAUUCUACUAAAUAAUAGAGGGCAGAUAAAGCUCGCUGAUUUUGGGCUUGCUCGGCUGUACAACUCAGAAGAAAGCCGACCAUAUACCAACAAAGUUAUUACAUUAUGGUAUCGGCCUCCUGAACUUCUCCUUGGGGAAGAAAGAUACACACCGGCUAUUGAUGUCUGGAGCUGUGGCUGUAUCCUGGGUGAACUUUUUACAAAAAAGCCGAUAUUUCAAGCAAAUCAAGAACUUGCUCAACUGGAACUCAUAAGCCGAAUUUGCGGAAGUCCUUGUCCAGCAGUGUGGCCUGAUGUUAUAAAAUUAGCUUACUUCAACACAAUGAAACCAAAGAAGCAGUAUCGUCGAAAACUGAGGGAAGAGUUUGCUUUCAUCCCACCAGCUGCAUUAGAUUUAUUUGAUUAUAUGCUUGCCCUGGAUCCCAGCAAGCGCUGCACAGCUGAACAAGCUCUUCAGUGUGAGUUUCUGCGAGAUGUGGAACCAUCUAAAAUGCCUCCUCCAGACCUUCCUUUGUGGCAGGAUUGCCAUGAGCUGUGGAGUAAGAAACGCAGAAGACAGAAGCAGAUGGGCAUGACUGAUGACUCUACAGCAGCUAAAGUCCCUAGGAAGGAUCUGUCUCUAGGCAUGGAUGAGAGCAGAGCCAACACCCCACAAGGCAUGCAAACUUCUUCCCAACUCAAAACUCAGGGCAGCUCUAGUGUAGCACUUGCAAAAACAAGCACUGGACAGCAGUUAAACCAGAAUGAAGUGGCAAUCCUGCUAAACCUGCUACAGUCUAAAACAAGUGUUAGUUUGGCACAGUUUGCCCAAGUAUUGAAUAUUAAGGUAAACCCGGAGACUCAACAGCAACUAAAUAAAAUAAAUCUUCCUGCUGGAAUUUUGUCAGCAGGUGAAAAACAGUCAGAACAGCAGCAGCAGCCGCCGCCACCUCCGCCACCACCUCCAGAGCAGGAGCCUCUAAAACAGCCGAUGGUCACACAGCCCCCCGUGCCACCUGCUCAGCUGGGUCAGCCCAAAGUGGACACUGAUGCUGCCCAGGCAGCUGUGCAGAGUGCAUUUGCUGUUCUGUUGUCUCAGUUAAUAAAGGCUCAGCAAACAAAACAAAAAGAUUUUGUGUUGGAGGAGAAGGAAAAUGGAUCAGGAAAUGAAAUGUCAUUACAACUCAGACAGCCUCCAGAGCCCGCCACUCCUGUAUCUGUCAGCCGGGACGACGUGGAAUCUCCGGCACCUGGCUACCCACAUCUGAUCAAGUCAUUAUAUGUGUCUGCAGGUCAAGAGGAUUUGGUUAGGCAGUCUGAGCUGAGGCUUCUGAACCGAACACCCGAGCAGGAGCGCCCUCGGAUCUUGCCUCCAGACCAGCGUCCUCCCGAGCCACCGGAGCCUCCGCCGCUCACCGAUGAAGACCUUGAUUAUCGGACAGAGAAUCAGCAGUUGCCUAUAAGUAACUCUUCAGGAACAGAUCCUCAUGCGGGAGUGAAAGCAGCUCUUCUGCAGCUGCUGGCUCAGCAUCAAGCUCAGGCCACAACGGAGGAGCCAGUACCACCGAGUGUGGAUUAUCAGGCUAGAGACUCCUAUGUAACAGGCCCAGACUACAAGGAUAACUUUGGAUCGUCGUCCUUCUCAUCUGCCUGUUACAGCACUAGCGAUGGAAUAGGAAGCGGACCGUCAGGGGUAUUAGAAAGGAGGAGUUUCCUUGGAAACUCAGAUAUUCAGUCUUUGGAUAACUACAGUACUGCUUCAUCUCACUCUGGUGCUGCCCCUCCUCCAUCAGCCUUUCCAGAAUCCUUUCCCAGCUCAGUAACUGGCUACAGAGACAUUUACCUCAAUGCUGGCCCCAUGCUGUUCAGUGGAGAUAAAGACCAUAGGUUUGAAUACAGCCACGGCCCAAUCCCGGUUUUGGGGAGCAGCAGUGAUGCUUCCACAGGGCCAGAGAGUGCACACUCUUUGUCCACAAAGAUGCACAACUAUAGCUAUGGAAGUAAUUUACAGGAAAAUCCCACUGGCAUCAGCCACAUGCAUGGACAGACUUGGACUUCUCCUGCCCAAGGACCUGGCUAUUCCCAGGGAUUCAGGGGACACAUUAGCACAUCUGCAGUGAGAGGGCGAGGCAGAGGAUUACCAUACUGAGUAUCUGUUUUUCCUCAGGCACAUCAUUUUUAUCUGGAAAAACUUCUUUUUCUCCCCUAGCUGCAAUUUAAAGCAGCAAUUCAACAGACUUGAAUAAUGUUAAUUCAACAGCUUUAUUUUUAUGUGGAAAAGGGUCUUGCAUACAGUAGAAAAAAUUAAAAAAUGCUUACAACUCAUGCUGUCUAAAAACUAGAUGACUUGAUUGUACAUGUUCACAAACUCUAGUUCUGACUUUUAUUUUGUAUUUUGGCAGUUUUAAGUGGAUGCUAAAUUUAGGGACAUCAGCUUUUUAUGGCACUCUUUCAGAUCUUCUGAACUAUGCACAUUUGUGCUUUUUUUGUAAGUUUGGACCAACUUUUAUGUAAAAAGAAUGAAAUUUUACAACAAUCAAAGCAGGGCACUGAUUUAUUUGGUAUUUUUCUUUUUACAGAACUACUUAUAGUCAAAGGCCACUGUCAGUCUUUGCACUGCUUUCAGUGUUAUUGUGGAAGGUGUUCUUCGUGCUCAUUUCAGAUAAUAAAACACAACCUUUCUCUUGAUGCAAAAUUUUAUAAAUAUUUGGUCAACUUUUUUUUUUUUUUCCAAGAAAAAAGAAAAGGGUGUUCUGGUAAAAUGUUCUCUCCAUCUCCCACGCUUGUUUAUAUAAAAACUGUUUUACUUGAAUGGUAAGUGCCUUAACAUGUAAGCUUAAGGUCUGCAAAAAUCUGGAAGUACUUCAUAGGUUGCUAUGAACAUAAUGCCUAAACCUAGGUAAUUAAAAAGAGAAUUCAGAUAAUAGGAAGAAACUCAAGCAGGUCAUAAUCUUGUGGUGUUUACUUUACAUGGGCCAGUUACUUAGAGACCUGAUUUUACCUAGAUAAAACUGUAAUUUCCAAAUUGAACUUCAUGAGAAACAUUGAAAGUGAGGAGAAGAGUGAAGAGUGUAGUUUUUCCUCAGCUCCCUGUUGGAGUUGUAUUAAGUGUUUUAGUUCCUCUGCCAAAUGAACUAUACUUUAUAUGUCCUUACCACGUGAUGAAAUAGGUUUUUUUCUCUUAAAUGUCAACAGCAGUAAUUUCUUUACUUUGUGUGAAAAGCUGACACUGUUUGUCUUUUUACCCCAAGUACUGCAUUGUAGGAAGUAACCAAAGGAAAAAUGACCAGUAUUUAAAGCAAUGGCAAAAUGUCUGACACUAGUUGUAAUUCGCUGUAAACUUGUGAUUGUGCCAAUUAUUUGAUUUUAUAUCUGCUAUCCACAGAACAUUUUAAUAUUGGAAUUGAGUGUCUCGGAACAACUAGGAUUAUUAUAGUUAAAACUCUUACCAAGAGCCACUCCUCAUACUAAAUGCAACUUCCAGCUUGUUUUUUUUGUUGUUUCCUCUGACAACAAGUAGUCUCUCCUGCAGAGAGGAGGUAUGGUUAUGUUUUGCCUGUACGUAAUAGGAUGUCUUGAAGCCCAUAUUGGAAACAAUUUUCCAACUGAUUAUCCAGUUGACAAAUCGGUACUUUAUGUAACUGAGUGUUUAAAAACUACUUUUUAAAAAGUAAAAUUUCUACUUACACUAUUACAAAUGUCUUGUCAAUGACUUUUUGGAUUUUCAGGAUCGAAGCCAAAGCUCUUGGUGUUUAGUUUCAGUUGAAAAUCCUUACUCAUGUAUGGCUAAUUCCCACACUGUGGAGCAUGGAGAAACUCCCUUCACUGAGUCUGUAUAGUGUUUGAGGAUCUGGCAGAUGAGGAAUGGAGAGAGUCCUGCUCCUUACACUGUCCCUUAUUCUGGCAGUUGCCUCCACUAGACACAGUAGAAAAUCCUGCCAUCUGAAAUAGAAGUGGCCAGGACCAAUUUUAAAGUGGCCAGGUCAGAAACAAAUACUUACAACCUGAAUAGCCUGUGCUUAAGAAAGGCAAAAGCUUCAUAGGAUUGACAGUGCACUGGACCAUACUUUUUCCUUGAGUAAGGACAUCCCCAUAGCAUUUUUCUGCUAGUAAAAUUUUAAAGACAAAAACCAUCAGUGUCAUUUAGAUACGGACAGUGUUGGCUAAGGCUCUUUGUUUACUAAUCUUAAAAAAACCCAGACUCACAAAUAUAUACACAGAUUGCUUUUUUUGGGUUUUUUU